CCAACUAGUAUCGCAUUUAAAUUCCAAUUACGUCCAUCAUGAGUUUAACAGAAACAAGAUAUUGCUUUCUAGUAGACUGGUUUGAUAACCAUGCACAGCUUACUCGGCAGUAUGAGUUCUUUUUUUAUCCUUUGGACUCGACCAUUGAAAUGUAUGAUAGUAAACAACGACGUACAUUUUUAAAAAGAACAAAAUACACCGUUCGUCUUCAAGACCUAUUUAUUGGUGCUGCCAUCAACGUCCAUUCUCGCCAAUUGAUCAUUAGAGACUAUGGUGACGAAUACUCUCGCAGCCAAUUGGUUAAUCAGAUGGAGAGUACACUGCUUCUGAUCAAACCAGAUGGAUAUGCCAAUAUAGGGAAAAUCAUAGACAUGGCACUUCAAAAUCAAUUUUCUAUUUGCCGCUCAAGAAUGCUUAAAAUACCUCCAUAUUUGGCUCAAGAACUGUUGGGAAAUGAUACAGACAUUGCCACUGCUGCAGAUUCUUUUACUGGAGGUCUUUCUGUAGCUAUAGAGCUAUUGAAACCAAAUGCUGUUCAAGAUAUGAUACAACUUUCAGGCCCUCCUAUUGUGGCUGACGCCAAAAAUAGCGACCCAAAAUGUAUCCGUGCUAGGUUUGGGUCGUUGGGACAUAAAAACGCGGUUCAUGUUCCAACAAACUCGACCGAGGCAAAACAGCAAUUGGAUUUAAUCUUUGGAUCGGGUGCUCAUAAUUUUCCCAGAACUGCAACCUUCAAAAAUAGUACUCUUGCUAUUAUUCGUCCUCAUGCAAUUGUGCAAGGAAAAACUGGCAAUAUCAUUUCCAUGAUUCAAGAUGCUGGAUUUAAUAUUACAGAUAUGGAAUUGUAUCAUCUUGAUCGCUCCAAUGCAGAGGAUUUCUUGGAAGUAUACAAGGGAGUGGUGCCAGAAUAUCAUCUGAUGUUGAAUCAACUGACUUCUGGACCUAUAAUUGCCAUGGAAAUUACUGGGGACGAAACCAUUACUACAACAUUUAGAGAGUUUGUUGGUCCUGUUGACCCAGAAUUGGCCAAACAAGUACGUCCCAACUCUCUACGUGCUAAAUUUGGAAUCGACAAAGUCUGCAAUGCAGUUCAUUGUACAGAUCUGCCAGAAGAUGGAACGCUUGAGUCUCAAUUCUUUUUCCAAAUUAUGCAAUCGUGAUCUAAUAAAUGCUGAUGCGCUUUUUGAAAAUACAAACGGUACACAUUGAAAAUACGUCACUGAAAUUACAAAGUUUAAAUCAAAAUCCCUAAUUUCCAGUAUAUCGAAAAAAGAGUGCCAAUCUACGACCGUAUUCACAUAAAAUAAACCACUAUUUCAGUGACUGCCACU